CGGAGAUGACUGCCGCCACUGCCGAACCGGUCUUCUCCGCGAUAGUCUCUUGCCACAGUGCGCAGCCGGUGACGUGCCCACGUCGAACGUCGCGUGUCGUGUUUUCGCGUUUUCCGCGCCUCCUCCCUUCGCGCCCGACCGCUGCUGCAGAGUGCAGACACUAGCUGGACUACUUUCGUUCCUCGAGCGUCGCGCGCCAGCAAUCCGACGACGACGGCGGCCGGUUGUUCCGUGUUUCGUUGCCGUCCGGAAAAUGCGCGACGUCCACCGUCGUAUCCGCCGCCGUUGGACGUAACCUAACCAAUCCGACGGGAUGGCCCGCGACGCAAUCGUGCACGACGUCGACCUGCCGUCGUUGGAGUACGACGACGAGGAGACCGCUUACAUGGCCACGGAGACGCCUAGUUUCGACGCGGACGACGCGACGCUGGGCAGCACGUUCGUCAUCGUCGACGAGGACACCGUCUCCGACCCGGACGACGGGAUCGGCGAAGAGGACGACGUUUCGCCGCUGGUGCAUCGGCCGGCCACAGUCGCGGCCGCGGAUUCGCGGUCGCCGUCCGCGGCCGGCGGCAAGGUCAAGUUCUUGGACAAGAUCAAAGAGCACAAGAGCUACCAGAAGCUUUAUGAGCGGUGAUCGUAGGAAGUCGUGCUUCGGGGUGAAGAACCACCAGUAAUCAUGUCGCCAGAUUCAGGAAUUAAUGAAUUACAAGGUCUUAGCCUUGAAGAACAGGAAAAGCAGAAAGAAGAAUGGCAACAAGAGCUGAACAAGGUGGAAGAAGAAAUUAAGACGUUACGUGAAGUGUUGGGUUCAAAGGUGAAAGCAUCUCAAGAGCUUAGGCGUAAGCUUGGUUAUACUGUUUGGCAAGAGAUAAGUGAAGAUGUAUCACAGAGCUUACGAAAUGUUAAAGAGUCAAAUGUUUAUCAAAAUGUAGAAGACAAAUUUAGCCAAAUUGGAAAAGCUGUUGUUGACGCACCAAUAUUCAACUUUUCUUUACCAGAUUCAGACGACAUGCGCACCCCAACCAGGAACAUGGUUCUAAAACACUGUUAUCAAAAUGUAGAAGGCAGGGUUAAGCAGUUUGGAACAGCAGUCGCCGAAACGCCAAUCUAUCAAAAAACCGAAUCGGUUGUAAAAACAACUGCUGAGAAAGCUACUACAAUAUUUGGAGGAUUUGGCAGUGGUCUUACAACCAAACUUGGUCAAAUCAAGAAUUCUGAAUCAUUCCGUUCUUUUGAAGAAAAAGUGGGUUCAGCUUUGGAAAAUGUUAAGACAAAAGUGGCAUCUAGAUCUAACUCUAUGCAGAACUUUGAUGAGAUAUUGGAGGAAGAAACUCGUUUGGCAAAUGAAGAAAAACGUUCACGAGAAGAACGUGAGGCAGCAACAAAAUAAGUUUUUGUUAUCAUAAGUCAUCUCUCUUGUACUUUGACAUUUAUCAUAAUUGUGCAAUCUUGGUCACUUAAGUACAGAUUUACCUUAAACUAGGCACUAAAAAUUCAAUUUCUCACAAAUAUUUUUCUCCUGAAUUUAGUGUUGAA